CCUGCAUACCGCAAAGCUCAAAGCCGUUUGGCUUUGCUUUGUGAUAAAAUUUAAUAGAUCCAAGGAAUAUUUUUUCCAUCCAUAUUUUUGUGUUCUAUAAAUUUUGGAUGCUAUAUGCUCACCAUACUUCAAUGUAAUGGGAACAGUUCAGACGUGAAGGGGGCGGUGGUGGGGAUCGACCUCGGCACCACCAACUCCUGUGUGGCGGUCAUGGACGGGAAGAACCCGAGGGUCAUCGAGAACUCAGAGGGAUCUCGAACCACUCCGUCGGUUGUGGCCUUCACAAAGGACGGCGAGCGGCUCUGUGGCAUUCUCGCCAAGAGACAAACUGUAACUAAUCCAAAGAACACAGUGUAUGCUACCAAGAGGCUCAUAGGGCGACGGUUUGACGACGAGGAAGUCAAGAAAGAAGCGAAAACGGUGCCGUAUGAGAUAGUCCGAGCCUCCAAUGGCGACGCGUGGGUCAAGACGGCCCACGACGGAAAGAUGUACUCACCAAGUCAGAUCGGAGCGUUUGUCCUCAUGAAGAUGAAAGAGACGGCAGAGGCCUACCUGGGCCAGCCGGUGAAGAAUGCCGUCAUCACAGUGCCCGCAUACUUCAACGACUCUCAGAGACAGGCCACAAAGGAUGCAGGGCAGAUUGCUGGACUGAAUGUGCUGCGGGUUGUCAACGAACCGACAGCUGCAGCUCUCGCCUACGGACUGGAUAAAGCCGACGACAAAAUGUUAGUCGAAUUUCCUUUCUGGCAGCUGCUUUGAUCUUUGGUGAAAAUUUCCCCACGCUGAUCAGUGUACUAUAGUGGUACAGCGAAAACCGUUUCCCAAAAGUUGGGAUACUACAAACAAACCCUUAGAUCUGAGCGCAGCGUCUCUUUGUAGUGUGUAUCUGAGGUUAAGGAUGUACACCUUCACAGUAAGGGACACUUGACAUGAAGCCUGUUGCAGAAGUAGCUGCUAGAUUGUUUCCAGAGUGUGUGUAUAGUAGCACCUUUAACCCCUUUCAACCUCCCUAUCAGUGUAGCAGCUCCUUUAACCCCUUUCCACCUCCUCUGUCCAGCAUAGCGGUGUAUGACCUGGGUGGAGGGACGUUUGAUAUCUCGGUGCUGGAGAUACAGAAGGGAGUGUUUGAAGUAAAGUCAACCAACGGCGACACCUUCCUCGGUGGAGAGGACUUCGACAAUGCCCUCGUACAGCACCUCGUCGCCGAGUUCAAGAGAGACCAAGGACUGGACAUCUCCACUGACAACAUGGCCCUGCAGAGAGUCAGAGAGGCGGCAGAGAAGGCCAAAGUCGAGCUCUCCUCCUCCAUGCAGACGGACAUUAACCUUCCCUUCCUCACCAUGGACACCAGUGGACCGAAGCACAUGAACCUCCAGCUGACGAGGGCAAAGUUCGAGGCACUAACGGCGCACCUCAUAGAGCGAACGGAGGGGCCGUGUCAGAAGGCCAUUAAAGACGCCGACAUCAGCAAGGGAGAAAUCAGCGACGUCAUACUCGUUGGAGGAAUGACACGAAUGCCACGGGUUCAAGAUACGGUGAAGAGAAUCUUCGGCCGGGCGCCGAGUCGGUCCGUCAAUCCCGACGAGGCCGUGGCGGUAGGGGCGGCGGUCCAGGGGGGAGUGUUGGCGGGGGACGUGACGGACGUCGUGUUGCUGGACGUGACUCCACUGUCGCUGGGGAUCGAGACUCUGGGGGGCGUGUUCACGAGACUCAUCUCCAGGAACACCACCAUUCCCAGCAAGAAGGGCCAGGUGUUUUCCACGGCGGCGGACGGGCAGACUUUACUACUCUCUUGUGAUGGUGAAUGCUGCAGAGAACACUCGGCUCCUGAGGCAGUGCUGUGA